AGCUCGCUGGCCAUGCGAAGAGUGUCUUUCCCUCGGUCCCGCUGGGCCUCCUCCCUCCCCAGCCGCCUCGGCUCUUGGCACGCCUCUCCUGAGCAUGAGCCGCUGGGUUCGGGAAGAUGGAGGCUGGUGGCGGAGCUGGCUACAGCAAAGCCUUCAAACUGUCAAAGAGAAGUCCACAGAGGCCUUGGAGUUCAUGAAACGUGACCUGACGGAGUUCACCCAGGUGGUCCAACAUGACACGGCUUGCACCAUCGCUGCCACUGCCAGCGUGGUCAAGGAGAAGCUGGCUGUGAGUGGGCAUCAAGAGCUAACAUGCAGAACGGAGAGUUCCACGGGAGCCACAGAGAAAGUGAGGAAAGGGCUCUCCAACUUCCUGGGAGUCAUCUCAGACACAUUUGCACCUUCGCCAGAUAAGACCAUUGACUGUGACGUCAUAACCCUGAUGGCGACCCCUUCCGGGACCACGGAGCCAUACGACAGCACCAAGGCUCGGCUAUACAGCCUUCAGUCUGACCCAGCCACCUAUUGCAACGAACCUGACGGACCCCCUGAGCUCUUUGAGGCUUGGCUUUUACAAUUCAAUCUAGAGGAGAAGAAAGGGGUGAUUUCAGAGUUGCUAGUGAAGAGCCCUUCCAUCCGCUCCCUCUACUCCAAGAUGGUGCCCGUGGCUGUGUCCCACUCGGAAUUCUGGCAGCGCUACUUCUAUAAAGUCUAUCAACUGGAGCAGGAGGAGGUCCGGAGGGAAGCUCUGAAGCAGCGGGCAGAACAAAGCGUUCAUUCCGAGGAGCCAGGCUGGGAAGAAGAAGAAGCAGAGGAAUUUCUUGGGUCAUCAUCCCCCCACGUCCACUUGCAUUCUCCCCAAGAGGUGAAACCAGCUCUCCCCGGCUCUGCAGCGGCAGCUGCCCCAACCCCGGAAGCAUCCAUGGGAAGCUGGGCUGGGCUGGGCCCCACCCCAGCGGAGGCAGCCCCAUCCGAAAGUAGCGAGAGCCUCUCCUCGGUGACGCAGAUUGCGCACCCCAUCGCCCUCCCUGCCUCGCCUUUGCAGACUGGAGCCCCGCUCUCUGGGGCAGGAGACCUCCCUCUGGGGCACCAGGGAAAUGCCAUGGGGGAGCAGGCCUCCCCACCGGAGGCAGCAGAGCCCCUUCAGCCGUCUCCAGCGCCUCCUCAGGCGAAGCCUCGUCCAGGGCAGCCAAAUGAGCAAGCGGAGAGCAGAGUCGCAAGCAGGACGGAGCCUCGGCGAGAGGACGGGCCAACGGACUUGCGCCUCUUCGAGCUCAGCUCAGACAGUGGAAAAUCCACUCCCUCCAACAAUGGGAAGAAAGGCUCAAGCACAGAUAUUAGUGAGGACUGGGAAAAGGACUUUGACCUGGACAUGACGGAAGAGGAAGUGCAGCUGGCGCUCUCCAAGGUGGACAUUUCUGGAGAGGUAUCAGUACCAGACUUCUGGAGGUGGCAAAUUUAUCUAAAUGGAAUCGACUGCUUGGGAGGGUGAUCAAUUAAAAUUCUUCAGGCAGCCCUUUAUAUACUACUUUCGGAGUUUUGAAGCAGGUUUCUGGACGUGGGGCCCAGUGAAUAGCCUGUGGGAGAGGGUGGUGCGGGAAGCAGAAUGCGGGUGGGUGGCUCUUGCCAGUUCCUUGGAUGGGAAAACAUACGAACAUCAUACUUUGCCUAAAGGCACCUGGGCUUGGCUUUUAAUGUUGCGGUGCAUAUGAAUUGAAUUUGAUGGCAUACAACUGAUCAGCGUGGCUGGCUGGGGAGUGCUUGGAAUUGUUGGGUGUUUUCUGCCUAAAUAUGCAUAGGAUCGUGCCCUCGACUGACUGACUGACUGACUGACUGACUGACAGCUGUGGGUCUAACUGUAUACGCCAUGUGGCCCCCCUCUAAAGCUCUCUCCUUGUAUUCUCUGUCACUCCUUUCCCCCUGCAGAUGGAAGAUGAAGAGUGGGAGGACUGGGAAUAGUGAGGGCCGUCGCUUCCCCUGCAGUGCAUCCUGGGCUCUUCCCUCGUCCCCUGCCCCCACCUGCACCAUCCAAUGUGAAUUAAACCACAGAGCAACUGGUUCCUUUUUCCUGUGUAAAUGUGUUCCAGGCUGGCUGAAUCUCAUCUCUGCUAAACGCCCACUGGGGAUUGUGGACCGCAGCCCACAGCCACGGAUCCUGAUGGUGACUGGUAUUGCACAGGGUGCCGAAGAACCAUGUUGGGAGGAGAGGGGGCAGAGCUUUCCAGUAAGGCCCCUGGACUAAUAAUUCCAAGAGCUGUUUCAGUGUGAUUUUGUUUUCCUAGCCACCCCCCCCCCCCCCGACUUCUGGCUUGAGGGUGGAUGUCAGUUGAUGGUGGCUUUGGAUAGAAGUGGGGAAAGUACCUGAUUUGACCAGUCCCUGGGAUGUGUUUGGCAUUGUUACUCUCUCCCAAUCUAGGCUGGCAGCGCCUUCUUCCAUGUGCCUGUAUCUGCAAGCCAGAAAGCAUCUGGGCAUUCACAGCGGCAAAUCCUUUGCUUUCCCCCCUAUAUCGUGUUAAGAGAAACUCUCCAGCAUGGCAUUUGGCCAUUCUUACUGCCACCCUGAUUGGAACCCAGGAGCAUGAACAGUCUUUUUGCUCCACACUCACACAUCCGUUCGAAACCUCUCCUUCGCUGUUUUGGGAAUUGAGGCACAGAAUCUGAAAAAUAGAAUUCUUGUGCUGAAUCCUUUCUUGGACAUGCAGCCGCAGUGGGAGCAUCUCCUGGGCAAGGUCAAAUUAAAUGAAAGGAAAAUAUGUGGAAAAUGUUCCGGUAAUCUCAAAGAGACAUCUUGGCUGGAUGUGGGUAGCAGUUUUCAUGGGGAUAAUUCUGUCAGUUACCUUACUAGGCAAACUCGCGUAGCUAGGUCUGUAUUCCAGGACCAGCAUCUGCCAAAGCCUCAUGCUCCUCGUUCGUCUCCCCUUGUGCUAAGGCUGCUGAUUAGCCUCUGUCAGCCCCUUUCUAUGGCAUUUGGCUGUGCGAGCCUGCUGGAAAUUCUCCCUUGUGGCAGGUCCCACCUGUCCUCGAAAUUUGCCAAGAGUUGUUGGGUUGACUGCACCUGAUUCCAAUUGCCUAUGGAUCAUCAUUGCUUCCUUGCCCACAUCCCUCUGGCUGGCUUAUGGAGGCACCAUCCCUUUCUCUGGGGGGAGAGGGGAUUGCCCCCUGCCAUCAGAGUUGCCCCCGAUCUGGUCUUGGCCACAUUGUAGUUGGGGCGAAGAGGCUAGAACCAGCUGCUUGUGCCUGGCCUCAGAACUGAUUGACCAUAUCGAGGCUCCAAAAAUGGCUCCCAAAGGGAGAUUAUUCCCUUCGGGACAUAGCCCUCCUGGAAGUUCCUCAUGAACUGAAUGCUACCUGGGCAAGGCCAUGAAAGAAGAGGACACCCUCAUGUUUGUCCCUGGCGGUACGAGCUUUGCCUUUCCUGGGACGGGUGGGAGGUUCGUGCUGGAAGGGGCAAUUGCAGUUUCAGGUGGCCAGAAGGCUGUCCAGCAGCUGCUACAGCUGCCCAUACAUGCCCCCCAUUAUGUUACCUGGCACUGUCGAAGUGCCAGAGAGGAAUGUGGAAGCUGUCCUCGAGGAAGUGGCCAGGCGCUGCUGGGAUGAGAAGCGAGCACUUGGCACCAUGCGGAGACUAGAAGGCAGCUCUCCGCAGGGACUGUACCAGCUGCCAGCCAGCGGCUGCGCCAGCCCCCUGGAGGAGGCUCUUGCAUUAGCUGCCAAGCAAGCAGUGCUCCCUGGUUGGAGCACGAUGUAGAAACCGGCCCUGAGAGCAACUGCAUUUACGGGAAGGGAAAUGCCCAGGUUUCUGAGCGGGUGUGCCGAGCAGAAGGCUCUUUGCUGGGCGAGUUCUGGUCCAGGUGAGGCCUUUGCUUCCGGAAUGGGGAUUGGUCGGUGGCGCACACGCUGUGCGUGCAGCCGUUCCCCAGUCACCUUCAGCUGAAAGGGUUAUGCUCCUGUGCCUUCCAUCCCAAUGAGCUGCUGCUGGGCAAGAGUAGGCAACAUUCUGGAGAGGUGGGCGGGCUGUCUGUCCUGCUGCAUCUCUGAAACUGGCAAGUGGGAGCAGGCGUGUGCAGUGUGCCCAAGCAGCCGCUGCCACUGACAGCGCCGGCAUGGCGCUUCAAGUGAAGGCCUGCAUCCCCGUGAGGCAGCUGCCCCUUGGAUGUGCUACGGGGUCUGCGUGGUGGCCCGGCCAGGCCACGAAACCAAGAUGCUCAGGAGGAUGCGGACUGGGAAGGGAGUUGCGUCCCGGGGCUUCCCCCCGCCCUCGAAGGCAGAUGCGCGAGGGCCCCCUGCACCCGCUGCUGCUGCGGUGAUGUCUGUCGACCCUCUGCCAUGCUUUGGGGCCAGAGCUUCGUGACACCGGAUCGGCUGAGCAAAGGGUCAAGGAAGGAUGGUGCUGAGGGGGGCCAGGCCAGCCUGCUUCCUGGGGUGUGUAGCCGGGGCAGAACAGGGAAGCACAGAGCCAAAUUCUUUUCCAAGGAGGCAUCUCCCGAGCGCUGUGUUCUGAUUUUCUCAUAGAUCUCCUUAGCUAAUUAUUUCUUGGUUGUGCAAUAUUUUCUCAUUUUUAAAUUAUAUUACAUCCCCUGGACUGUUUUCUAGCUGGGGUGAAUAAGUGACUCUAACAGCUGUUAGUUUUGUAAUUACGACUUUUCCUGAACCUUUUACAGACUUGCCGUUAACAGCGAUUAAAGGAGUUCUACAGUAA